AUUCGAAUUAUGUUCCAAGUGCUCCCAUAUUCCUCAGAUUAUGACAUAUGUGGAUUGGUCGGGUGAUCGUGAAUAAUUAACGAGAGUAAAGAAACUUAACUUUUGACCAUUAACUCCUAGAGAAUUUGGAACCCUGUUAUGAGUUAUGAGGGCAUGAGGCCGCUCACCAUGCACUGUAAUGCAAUCAGAUCGAUUCACCGCGAUUCACAAAUGAUCAUGAACCGGAUGUUGUGGUUAUUGUUACUUUUGUAAGCGUGCAUGCGCAGUUUUGAUUUUGUAUUCGCGUGAGCAGUGGUCAUCGCCGUUUACGUUUUACAGCCAAAGUCUCAUUUCCUUUUUAACUGUUUGUGUGGCCUUGAUGCUGUGUCCUUCAAAAAGUCAAUUUGCAUUUGAAAACGAAAACGGGAUCGAGUUGAAAAUGUGACUACAAGAUGGCGUUCUUGUUGACUACGAAAUUUGUGUCGUCUGUCGUCCUGGGUCAUUCUCAGAUUUAAAAAAUCCGAAAACAGAUUCGGACGUUACUUUAUGUUCGUGACAUUAUUAGAGUUUGACUUUUGACAUUGGUUAAGUGCAAUACACCCACACACACAAACCAAACUUGUAAUUCCUGCUGGGCAUUCUGUAGUGCACACACACAGAGUUGCAGAAAAAAAAAACGAGAUUUGGAGUGAAACUUUUUUCCCGACCACGAGGCAAGGAUCAAAUGUGCAUUGUGGCCUCGAGUCUGAGGAUCUUAACCAAGUUUUGACUGAGAAAUUCCACUCGAAAACUUGGCGAGUCCACUCACGCGGCGAUGAACCGUCAAGUGGCAGUAGUGGAUGAUGUCAAAGUUACUGCAGGAUGCACGAGUCGAUAAUUAUGGCUGCCACGAGUCCUCUCGUCGUCGUCUUUGUGUUUUUGGCAUGGCAGCGUGUACUGUCUCUUUAUUAUGAACGAUGGCUUCUUCUUGGGCACAGCACAGCAGGCCAUGGCGUGUUCAACAUUUCAUCGAGAUCGUGCGUCAUUCUUGGCUCUUCAAAUUCCUAAAACAAAAGAUGCACCACAAUCGUCGCCAGCAGUUUGGUUCAUUUGAGAAAUGAGACAGCAGCGCCUCAAGUUCGUCUUGGUGUUGAUGGUCGUCGUGGUGAUUGGCUGGCCCGUUUGCGACGGCACCGCCGAGGCUGAAGCGCAAAUUAGCGAUCAGACGGAUGUCGACCGACCAGUUCCGGUCGAGACGGUUUACAUCAUGGCGGGAGAUCGCGUCGAAUUGGUGUGCGACGUGACGUCUUCGGCCGCAUAUCAACACGACGGGGCGGAUGGGCUGGCCGGUUACGCUCCAGCUGCUGCUGCCGUCAUUUCGUCGAGAUCGUCAUUGAAAGGAUUAGCGGCUGGACAGCGUCGCUCCUCUUCCGGAUCGUAUUACUCUGCGUCCAGGCACCACCAGAGUGCUGGCGAGCAUCGCCGACGCAAUCGACGCUACAACGGCAACAACAAUCACCAUCGCAGACAUUCGACGUCGACCGCCGGAUACGACCAUCCAUCGGAACUGACCAUGGAUGACGGCUAUCUCGUUUUAUGGUUCGUCGAUCCCGAUCGCAAACCAUUCUACAGCCUGGACGUGAGGCGCGGUCGAUCCGGUCGCCAUUGGUGGAACGAGGAGCGAUUCGGUCGGAGAGUUCGGUUCCUGUUACCUCAAGCUCCUUCUUCUUCUUCUUCUUCUUCGUCGUCGUCUUCAACAUCAAUGGGAGGAUCAUUUUUCAAGAAUGCGUCGAGCACGUCGACAUUAGCCCGGCUCCAGAUUGUCAACGUGACCCGACAGGACGGCGGCGACUACCGUUGCCGGGUCGAUUUCAACAGCGCCCCCUCGCGAAACUUCAAGUAUCGUCUCGUCGUCAUCGAGCCGCCGUCUUCUGUCGUCAUCCUGGACGGUUUCCUGCAACAGCUGAGCGUCGUGGCCGGCCCGUUGGAAGAAGGCAACGAUCUCAUAUUGACCUGCAAGGCCUACGGAGGUUAUCCGCAACCGUGGGUGACGUGGUGGCAGGGCGGCCAGUUAUUGGACAACACGACCGACGCUCGCUCCCCAGAGUCAGUCAGCAAUUUGUUAGUGGUUCCCAGAGUGGGGAGGCAACAUCUGCACGACGCCUUCACUUGUCAAGUCACAUCCAGCCCGCACCUAGCGCCAAUGAUGAAAACGGUCACUCUGGAACUGCACCUUCGCCCGUUUUUCGUCGAGAUUCAAAUGCCGCCGACCGUUUCGGCCAACAAUCAACGGGCGUUUAUAGCCGGGCAGAGCGUCGAGGUCAAGUGUCGAACGAGCGGCUCCCGCCCGCCGCCGUCCAUCACCUGGUGGAAGGGAAACAAACAAAUAGCGGCUCACCUUUCAGCCAUUAUGAAUUCGGACGAUGGCAACGCGACGGAAAGCCGAUUGACUUUGACGCCGGUGUCAGAGGACGACGCCAGUCACCUGAUUUGUCGUGUCAAGAAUUCCAUGAUCCCCGGAGCGGUCAUGGAAGAUUCCGUCAGACUCGACGUCCAUUAUGCACCCGAAGUGGGCAUCGCGCUGGGCAGCAACAUCAACGGCGACGACGUCAAGGAAGGCGACGACCUUUACAUCGAAUGUCACAUUCGCGCUAAUCCGGCCUUCCACAAACUCCAGUGGACCCACAACGGCGUGAGUCUGGUGCACAACGUCAGCGCCGGUGUGGUGCUUAGCAACGUGAGCCUCGUCCUCCGCUCGGUCACGCAUUCCAGGGCCGGAUUGUACGCCUGCAGCGCCGCCAACAGCCGCGGCGAAACUCUCAGCCAGCCGCCACUGCGACUCCGCAUCCAAUACGCACCCCGAUGUCGGAGCGUGUCAGCAGCCGGAACCGUUUCGGGCGUUUCCAAACAGGAAACGGCAUCGCUGGACUGCCAGGUGGACGCCGAUCCUUCCAACGAGGUCCAUUUUUGGUGGACUUUUCUAGGCACUCCCAUGAAAAGUAACGGCAGCAUGAUGGUGACGAGCAGCGGCGACGCCAUUCUACUCCCGCGGUCACUUUUCACCGCCCAGGGAAGCACCAGCGUCCUCCAAUAUUCGCCGAAAUCGGAACUGGAUUUCGGAGUUGUCGCCUGCUGGGCCAGCAAUCCGGUCGGAAAUCAACGCGAGCCUUGCCUCUUCCACGUCGUCCCGGCUGGCAAGCCGGCAGCGCCGUCCAAUUGUGCCAUCCACAAUCAAACGGCCGAUUCGGUCCGAGUCGACUGCCAGGAGGCAUUUGACGGCGGCCUGCAGCAAACCUUUGGACUGGAGCUGGUCGAUCGCAACACUCGCACGCUCCGCUACGUCUUCAACAAUACCAAGCCAGUUUUCACCGUCUACGGACUGGAGCCCGAAACGGCCUUUUUGCUCAAUAUCUACGCACUGAACGCCAAAGGGCGAAGUCAGCCCAUUACUUUGGAGACGACGACGCUACGUGCCGCUUUGAAACACACGGGUAACGGUCACGCUCUGUACUUCCAAAUGACACCGCUGCUGGGCGUGUUGGUGGGAGCCGCCGUGACGCUCCUUGUUAUCGUCAUGACGGUGGCCGUCGUCGUUCACCGGCGCAACCGAAUCAAAAGACAGCGCCAAAUCAACAAUCAAAGUGGCGAGUCUCAGCAGAACCAGCAGCAGACAACGGCACUCAACGGACCCAAUCAGCCGCUCCUUCCGCUUCCGCACGCCUUACCCGGCACCGAUCCUCCGCACAAUCCGGGAUUUGGAGGGUCCAACAGCACGACAGGAAACCCGUCAAUCAGCAGCAGCAACGGGGGUCACCCCCAUCACCCCAAGAACUUGGAUGAGGGUCAUCAUCACCAACGAGCUGUCCUUUUGAACAAGACGGGCAACUGCAACGGCUCCGGUGUCAAUGGCCAGCCGGCCCACUUGACUAAGCUCAUCAACAGCCAUUCAUCAUCUCAUCAUCCCAAAGGAGGUGGCAACAACGGCAACCAAUACCCCCACCACCAUCAGCAUCAGCAGGAUCCCGACAUAAUCCUCAGAGAAAUGGUCGACUAUCAACCGAAGCGCAUGCUGCCGGCCAUCAUGCUGAUGAAUCAUCCGGCGUCGAUCGGCGGCGGGACUCUGCCGAGAGGGCGUCUGCACAAGAGCAGCAUUCUGGAGUCUGAGGAAGAUGAUGGCGCUGAUUUGCCGGCCUCGUUCCACUGCGGCCCGGAACAAUUGUUGUUGGCCAGGAGCUGCAGCGGCGGCACGCAGCAGCAGCAGCAACUGCAAUCACCGCUAUCAUUAUCCAGCCGUUCCAGCGGAACCAGUUGGAAUAUUGGCGUUGCUCACGGUGGCAAUAACCAUUGGCCAGCGUCAGGCCAUCAAAGCCCGUCAUUAGGGCUAUUCACCAACAAUGGGCCACUGAUGCAGCAACAGCAGCACAAUAUGGCAGCAGCAGCAGCCGACCUCUUGGCCGAUUGUCGGCUUCCUGAAAGCUCAUUGUGAAAAUCAUGUGUGUAAUGGCUAUACAACGGCAAGUGCAGUUGUGCUAAACGACUUAACAAAGACGAAAAGAAAAUAAAAAAAAAAUAGAAAAACCUGAUGCGCAAAUGUGUGUGCGUGUGUGUGUGUGUGUGUGUCUGUUAAACACACACACGCGCGCGCUGUUGUACAGUCGUUCCGUACCAAAUUCCUUUUUGAUUCGUUUUUCAAUCAAUCAUUUCCUUUUUCGAAUCAUUUCAAAUUUUUUUCUUCUAUCCUUCCAAUCGAAGCAAUCAACGAGCUUUGUUCAAAAAAGGAAGUCAGCUUCCCAUUGUUCGAAAUGGUGCAGCAGUCUGACGCUAUUUAUAUAUUUACCCAGAGCUGAAACGCUUUUCUCGUUUUUAUUUCUUUAUUUAUUUUUUUUUCUUUGUUACUGUCGCCAAAUGGGCAAAACAACGUUCUUAAUAAAGAUUGAUUCCUGUUAACUAUGGGGUAUUGUACAAUAUGAUUAUCUAUAUCAAAUUAAAAAAAAAAAAAAUCCCCGUUUAUCUCGUUUCGAAUAUUUAUGGCUGUGUAAAGAACAAUAUUUUGUUUUCUGAUCCAAGUUUAUUUCAACUGUGUCAACCAUGUCAUACUGAUUGUUUUAAUAAAUAUUCUUAAUUUUUAUUUAACUUAA